UAGAGAUGAGGAGUCCGAGGUAGGGUGAGAGCAGGGACCCCGCACCCCGGGUCGACGCCGUCGGAGAAGAAAAGGAGAGGGCGGCCCGCUCCCCCCAGCUCGGGGAGUCUGCCGGCGGACUGAUGCCCUCCCCGCCCCCUCCCCCAGGAGGCCCAGGGUGGUACCGCCGCAGCCUCGCCUCACCUCACCCCCCCUCGGUGUUGUGGGAGGGAGAGGAGCCCCAGAAGCCCUCCCUUCCCUCCUCCCCCCUCCUCCCCCCACCCCGGGGAGGGCCGCUACAAUUUGUGGUUACAGCUUUACACGUCAGAAAAAAAAAAAAAAAGUUUGCAGAAUGUCCCACACCGAAAAAAAAAAAAAAAUCCGAAACCGAGCGAAAAAAACCUGCGAGUGGGCCUGGCGGAUGGGAUUAUUAAAGCUUCGCCGGAGCCGCGGCUCGCCCUCCCACUCCGCCAGCCUCCGGGAGAGGAGCCGCGCCCGGCCGGCCCGGCCCCCAGCCCCAUGGACCUCCGAGCAGUUACUCCACACUGCGCUCCAGAAGCCCUCCCCACAGACCCCCAGUCCCAGAGGACCCCGUCCCAGUUUCGUCCGGUGCCCGGCCCGGCCCUCCCCGCUGGGGUAGGAGGGAGCUGCCGGGACGGGAGGGGAAGCUGGAAGUCCCCAGCCUUGGAGAAAGGUUGUGGGUGAGGACGCCGGACCCCACACCUCUGUCAGGCACUCUCUGAUCCUGACCUUGACCAGCUGACAUCUCCCGGCUUUCACAACCCCCACAGACCCCCUUUCCGGCUUGGAGCACACACUGCCCUUCCCUGGGGACACAGGGAUACAUUCCUCUGACAGACCGGACACCCCCCCCCAGCCCCCACCCGGCAGUUUGGCUCUGGCACCCUCACUGCCCUGAGCCCCGCACUCAACCGGAGGAGGAAACAGGCAGAUGGCAGCAACUGUCACCUAGCAGCCCCCCCCAACCCCCCGUCUCUCUCUCUUCCAGACUGGUCUAAUGGCUCCCUCUCCCCUCCACGGAGCCCUGCACUCCUGCCCGGUUCACACUUGUGCACACCACCCAGCCACACCAGCUACUUUAUUGGUGACACUUCACAUUCCUCCCCACAAUCCCACCUGCCUAUUCACACCCUGGCUCCUGCCCGCUCCCUCCCAGCCCCUCCCACGCCUCUGAAUAACAACACCCUUUCAACCCGCUUGCCGGCCGGGACUGUUUUCCUUCACUGGGUCCCCCUGCCUGGCUCUCCGCCGGCUGCCUCGCCUAGCUCCCCUGGCUUCAUCCUGCGCCCCUUGCGAACAACUGGGGUCCUCUUGGAGCCCAGUCCAGAACCCCCUCACUCGGCGACAGCCCAGCUCCUCUGUCGGUACUGACUUCACAAGGCAGGGCAGCCGGCCCACUGGCCUGCUUCUUUCCCUGGGCCUCAGUUUCUUCUUCUGUCAUUUAGGCUGGAAGAGAAGGGCAGGGAGGGGCCUGCUGAAGAUAACAGCAGAGGUGGAACCCCACGCGCUUGGGCUGAGAGGGACCUUAGCGGGCACAGCACAGCCCUCUCCGGCGAGCCCAGUCAUGGGUUGUGGCAAAGCUAGGUCUCCGGACUUCUGGGCCUAUGUGGACUCGCUCACUAAGCCACUUCUCAGUGGCCUGGGGCACAGGGAACCAAAGAGAGGACGAAGGGGAGAGAGGACGGAGGGAAGGGCAGCCAGCCAGAGGACAAGGAAAGAUGGGCUAUUUCCGUGGGCCUUUCCCUGAGGAGGCAGGUCAGGAGGAGCCCCUGAGGGUCAUUGCCUACAGUCUCAGUGCCUGGAUCUCACACUACGGCGGCGGACACACUACCCCCUAAACCACUUCCUUCCCCCAAUUCCCCUCAACACAUCCCUCCAAGGUCGCCAGGAAGCUGGUCCUGGUCUGGCCUGAGGGCAUCCCAGGUGCAGAGUCUCCUGGACAAUUGUCUGACUCACCCUGGCCACCCUGCACAUGUGCCCUGCCGAGCCCCCGACCCUUGCCGGAGGAGUUCAGCCUGGAGGACACAGUCCAGGGAUCGAGGGGCAGCUGGCUAAGGACACGUGGACCCUGGGGACUCGUGGGGGAUGCUAGCUUGCCUGUGUGCUGUGCUCUGGCACCUCCCUGCAGUGCCAGCCCUCAACCGCACGGGGGACCCAGGGCCUGGCCCCUCCAUCCAGAAAACCUACGACCUCACCCGCUACCUGGAACACCAACUCCGCAGCUUGGCUGGGACCUACCUGAACUACCUGGGCCCCCCUUUCAACGAGCCUGACUUCAACCCACCUCGGCUGGGGGCAGAGACUCUGCCCAGGGCCACUGUCAACUUGGAUGUGUGGCGGAGCCUCAAUGACAAACUGCGGCUGACCCAGAACUAUGAGGCCUAUAGCCACCUCCUCUGCUACUUGCGUGGCCUCGACCGCCAGGCUGCCACGGCCGAGCUGCGCCGCAGCCUGGCCCACUUCUGCACCAGCCUUCAGGGCCUGCUGGGCAGCAUCGCGGGCGUCAUGGCAGCUCUGGGCUACCCGCUGCCCCAGCCUCUGCCCGGAACCGAGCCCACCCGGGCCCCCGGCCCUGCCCACAGCGACUUCCUCCAGAAGAUGGACGACUUCUGGCUGCUGAAGGAGCUGCAGACCUGGCUGUGGCGCUCGGCCAAGGAUUUCAACCGGCUCAAGAAGAAGACGCGGCCCCCGCCAGCGGCGGUCACCCUGCACCUGGAAGCCCAUGGCUUCUGAUCUCUGACCUUUACCGCCUCCUCUCUCCUCUCCUCCCUCAAAUCCUGCUCCCACUCUGGGAGGGAGAAACCCGUAUGCCAACGUCUGUUGAGCCAGGAGGCAGAAGCCAUGGGCCUCUGGCCCUCUCCGGACUUGGAAGAGGGCAUGGUCGACAGGGCCUGUCCCCUCCCCGCUUUCCAAACCCCUGCAGGUCUCUUCCACAGGGAGGAGCGCUCCCGGGGGCAGUGGUUCAAGUUGGUGCGAAGGCUCUCACAGCUUCCUGCUUCCUGCCCGGCACUUGCCGGCGCCCACACGGCCCCUCACGCGGCACUUCCAGGAAGCAUGCCCGUAGGCAGGGAGGGGGGCCACCGCAGCAUGUGCCUUUCUGGGGCGGGGGGGGGAGCCCUUUGGCUGCCCCACUCUCCUUGGAUGGGCGUUGUUCCCCUAUCCCCAAAUAGCUCAGUACAGCCAAUUCAGGAAACACACACGGUGGCAAGUCCAAACGGGAAGAAACGGGAUUUAAAAGCGGAAGAGGUGGGAUCUGCAUUGGAGGUCAUACUAAAAGCAUAGGGGCAGGGACAGAGCGGACCCACGGCUCACCAAGGCAGUCGGUGGCACAGGACGGCAGCCAAAAGGACCUUGCCUUGCAUCUUCUUGCAUCUUCUUGCAUCUUCUUGCAUCAUGGUGCCUCCUCUCCACCCCCUUUCCAGGGUAUCUGUGGGUUGCCCAGGCUGGGGAGGGCAACCAUAGCCACAGCCACAGGGUUUCCUGAAAGUUUACAUUGCAGUAGCAUUUCGGGGUGCGGGGGGCAGCUCCCCCAGGCCCUGCCCCCCAGCCUCACCCACUCAUGACUCUAAGUUUGUUGUAUUAAUAUUUAUUUAUUUGGAGAUGUUAUUUAUUAGAUGAUAUUUAUUGCAGAAUUUCUAUUCUUGUAUUAACAAAUAAAAUGCUUGCCCCAGGACUUCAUCUCUUUGCUUGGCCUGGCGCUUCCCCUCCUGGGCCCCCGCGUGCCUGGUGGCUUGGAGCCUGGCAGUCCAGGGCAGAGCUCGGAGAGGCAAAGAGCUUGGGGAAGAGGCUCUGCCCUGUCCACGGAGCGCGGUGCCCACAGCACACUCUGUUCCUCCACCCACGGGCCUCCGCGAGACAGUGCCCUAAGCACAGGAAGUAACAAAUGAUGGUGACGUCAAUCAGUUGACGAAUCUUGCAAAGGUCUGCCCAUCACUGCGCCGACUGGAGUAGGAAACCCAGCAGAAGUCUGAGACCUGACUUGGCUCCUGCCCUUAUGGAGCCUGCGAUCUCUCUGGGAAGAGAAGACCAGCUGACCUGAAACUACUGACAGGGGAAGAGCCCCAGCCUCUGAGCGUGGAUGAAGCAGAGCUGGAGCUGCUGAGGCAGUUUGAUCUGGCCUGGCAAUAUGGGCCCUGCACAGCCUGGACUCGGUGUCUUCUUCCCACCCUGGCAGGGAUCACGCGGCUGCAGCGCUGGCAUCGGGCCGAGCAGAUGGGCUUGGAGCCCCCCGCCGAAGUGCGCCAGGUGCUGCAGACCCACCCUGGAGAUCCCCGCUUCCAGUA